UCCACGCAACAAUGAUGCCAGUGUGCUCUCGUUGACUCUACACACGAAUCUGCAUCUUUCUGCGGACUGUCAGUUUAUUGACAUAUACGACAGCUCGCCUACAGAACAUUUCGAUGUCAAAACGACAGGAGUGUACUUUGGAAAUAAUCCUCUGGACCAGACUUGCUACCAUGGGCAUUUUUGUGAUGCACUCCACAACUGUAAAAUUAUUUAAUGGAGAUACAACUGAUAAGGAUGAAAAGUUAUUGAUUUGAUUGAUUUUAAUAGUUUGAAGAACAGAGAAAAAACAUGGCUUUACAAACUUCUAAUGACACUUCUUUGUCAACAUUCCUGGACUGUCUGCCACGCCUGCAGAGCAACUCAUCUGUGAAUGCAUCUGGAAAUAUCAGCAAGGAAGUUACCAAUCCCACCUGUAGCAAUGCGUCUGUCAUCACAAAACCCCCAUCCAUGCGGCAAAAAGAGAUGGACUCAGUGCGGAUCUUGCUUUAUUCUCUCAUCUUCCUGCUCAGCGUCUUUGGCAACCUUCUGAUCAUUGUGGUCCUGACGGUCAACAAGCGCAUGCGCACGGUCACCAACUCCUUCCUGCUUUCGCUGGCGGUCAGUGACCUGAUGAUGGCAGUUUUCUGCAUGCCCUUCACACUCAUCCCCAACAUGCUGGAGGACUUUAUCUUCGGAGCCGCCAUGUGUAAAACGGUCACCUACUUCAUGGGGCUCUCCGUCAGCAUCUCCACCUUCAGCCUGGUUGCCAUAGCGAUCGAGAGGUACAGCGCCAUCUGCAACCCGCUGAAGUCGCGGGUGUGGCAGACACGUUCCCAUGCCUACCGGGUCAUCGCCGCCAUCUGGGUGUUGUCGUUGGUCAUGAUGGUGCCCUACCCAGUGUUCAGCCACCUCAAGUCCUUCCCCAAACCCGACCGAACUACGGGACACAUGUGCCGCCUGGAAUGGCCAAGGGGUUGGGUGGAACAGACGUGGUACAUGCUGUUGCUUUUAAUCUUGUUCUUCAUCCCUGGGGUUGUGAUGAUUGUUGCCUAUGGACUCAUCUCCAGAGAGCUGUACCGGGGGAUGAAGUUUGAGUUGGACCAAAACAGAGAGAACAGUGCACUGAAGAAUGGCGUAAACACCACCAUGACCACCAGCAACAACGUCACAGACGAUGAUGGCUGCUACAUCCAGAUACCAAAGAAGCCACCGUCCAUGGAGCUGUCCACCCUCACCACCCCUACUCCGGCCCCUCCCAAACCCAGAGUGUCUGCCGAGCACCCUCGAAGCAAUACCUCGGAGGCUAAACUCUUGGCCAAGAAGCACGUGAUCCGCAUGCUCAUCGUCACUGCCAUUCUCUUCUUCCUCUGCUGGAUGCCCCUGUACACGGCCAACACGUGGAAGGCAUUCCACAUCAGCUCAGCCCACCGGCUCCUCUCGGGGGCACCCAUCUCGUUCAUCCACCUAUUGAGCUACACAUCGGCGUGCGUCAACCCCGUUAUCUAUUGUUUUAUGAAUACACGCUUCCGCAAGGCGUUGCUCACUACCUUUGCCCACAGCCGUCCGCCCUGCUGUCGGCGCCGCCGGGGGAUGUGGAACGGCGGGGAUGAUGAGAUGACAGUGACGGGGACUAUGGGUCCUUUGUCCAUGUCCAAGAUCAGCUAUACCACAGUGAGCACCGCGGGUACCUACUGAUUCUUUGUGAAGGGGGCUAGGGGUACAGUGUCCAUAUUAGGACAGCCUCAUUCUCAGCAGGACUUCUUCCUAAUAUGGACCCUGUAUAGGGGAACACAGGGGGCUGUAGCAGUGGGUGCACAGGUAGUUGUGACCAAGGAUGGCAACCGACAGAAUGCUUGUGUAUUUCUUUGCUUGUUUGCUCCUGAUUUCUUCACGUUUUAUUGUGUUACAUACUGGGAUUAAAAUUGAUUUAAUUUAAAAAAAAAUGUCAACGAUCUACUCAAAGUACUCUGUAAAGUCAAAGUGGAAGAAAAUAUCUAAUGAAAAAUAAAACAGUAAUAUAUAUUGAUUUGAUAAAUAUUCACCCUCCUGAGUCAAUAGAUGUUAGAAACACCUUUGGCAGCAAUUACAACUAUGAGUAAUCUUGGUUAAGUCUCUAAGAGCUUUGCACACCUGGAUUGUACAAUAUUUGCCCAUUUAUUAUUUUCAGAAUUCUUCAAGCUCUGUCAAGUUGUUGGGGAUCAUGACUAGACAGCAAUUUAACGUCUUGCCAUACAUUGUCAAGCAGAUUUAAGUCAAAACUGUAACUUGGCCACCCAGGGACAUUCACUGUCUUCAUAGUAGACAACAGUGUAGAUGCAGUGUAGAUUUGGCCUUGUGUUAUAGGUUAUUGUUCCACUGAAAAGUGAAUUCCUUUCCCAGUGUUUGGUAUAAAGCAGACUUAAGCAGGUUUCCCUCUAGGAUUUUGCCUGUGCUCAGCUCCAUCCCAUUUAUUUUUUGUCUUUGCCAAUAUCAAUCAUACCUAUACCAUGAUGAAGCCAACACCAUGCUUGAAAAUAAGGUGGCAGUUAGUCAAUGAGGUGUUUUGUUGGAUUUACCCCAAACAUAAGGGUUUGCAUUUAGGUCAAAAAGUGUAUUCCUGUGCUGUGUUUUUUUUCAGUAUUACUUUAGUGCCUUGUUGCAUACGUAUGCAUGUUUUAUUCUGUAUGUUUGUAUUCUUCUUUUCACGCUGUCAUUUAGGUCGUUAUUGUGGAGUCACUACAAUGUCGUUGAUCCAUCCUUCGUUUUCUCCCAUCACAGCCAUUUCAAAUCAAAUGUAUUUAUAUAGCCCUUCUUACAUCAGCUGAUAUAUCAAAGUGCUGUACAGAAACCCAGCCUAAAACCCCAAACAGCAAGCAAUGCAGGUGUAGAAGCACAGUGGCUAGGAAAAACUCCUUAGAAAGGCCAAAACUUAGGAAGGAACCUAGAGAGGAACCAGGCUAUGAGGGGUGGCCAGUCCUCUUCUGGCUGUGCUGGGUGGAGAUUAUAACAGAACAUGGCCAAGAUGUUGAAAUGUCCAUAAGUUACCAGCAUGGUCAAAUAAUAAUAAUCACAGUAGUUGUCGAGGGUGCAGCAAGUCAGCACCUCAGGAGUAAAUGUCAGUUGGCUUUUCAUAGCCGAUCAUUAAGAGUAUCUCUACCGCUCCUGCAGUCUCUAGAGAGUUGAAAACAGCAGGUCUGGGACAGGUAGCACGUCCGGUGAACAGGUCAGGGUUCCAUAGCCGCAGGCAGAACAGUUGAAACUGGAGCAGCAGCACGGCCAGGUGGACUGGGGACAGCAAGGAGUCACCAUGCCAGCUAAUCCUGAGGCAUGGUCCUAGGGCUCAGGUCCUCCGAGAGAGAGAAAGAGAGAAUUAGAGAGAGCAUAAUUAAAUUCACACAGGACACAGUGGCUGAUACAGCAGAUGUUCUGACAUUAUACACUGCACUCUGAGAAAACUUGAUUAAGCUUAAUGUCAGACUUGUUAUUGUUACCCUUCUAUUAAUCACUGCCCUUCUUUAUGAGGCUUUCGAAAGCUCCCUGGUCUUUGUAGUUGAAUCUGUGCUAAAUUCAAUACUUGACUGAGGGGCCUUACAGAUGUUGUAUGUAUGGGGGACAGAGGAAGGGAUAGUCAUAAAAAAAUAACGCCAACCCCUGUUAUUUCACACAGAGUUAGUCCAUAUAUUUAACUGCUGAACUGAUUUAGGUUUGCCUAAACAAAGAUGGUGAAUACUUAUGCAACAACUAUAUUUAGUUAUUUAAGUUUUAUUCAUUUGUACACAUUUGUAGAAUUCUCUUUUCACUUUAACAAUGGAGUAUUUUGUGUAGAUCAAUAACAAAAAAAAUACAAGUAAUGCCACAAAAUGUGAAAAAAAUCCAAGAGAGGUGAACAUAUUUAUAGGACUCAUUACCUGAACAUAUAAGGUAUUUCAAAUUCACGCUCAACAGUUUCCCGUGUGUAUCAAGAAUGGUCCACCACCCAAAGGACAUCCAGCCAACUUGACACUUGACACAACUGUGGGAAGCAUUGGAGUCAACAUGGGUCAGCAUCCCUGUGGAAUUCUUUCGACACCUUGUAGUGUCCAUGCCCCAAAGAGUUGAGGGUGUUCUGAGGGCAAAAGGGGGUGCAACUCAAUAUUAGGAAGGUGUUCCUAAUGUUUUAUACACUCAGUGUAGGAGUUGUCUGAUUACUCAUCCUGAAUUUAAUUUUGCUGGUCUAUCAAUCCCUCCGUACAUCAGUCUGAACCUACUACUCUAGAAGUCGUUUGUGCUGACGUGAAGAUAUGUAUAGGCCCAACCCAUCGGUUUCUAGGACCAACCAGAACGGUUUGACUUUGUUCGCAUUUAAGAAGGCAAAAUUCCGAAACUUUAGUGGGUGUGGCAUUUGGCCGGAGAUGUGGAUGGUUAACCAGACAACAUAGAAGAUCUGUCACCCUAAGACUAUUGAUACAGUAGCUUGGUGGUUGGUGUCUUAUAGCUCCUUACCGGAAAUGUACAGUAUACAGUAUGUUUAAAACUAGUUGGAAAAACAAUAAUUACACAAUAGCACAUUUAAUUUCAACACAAAUUAAAUGAUUACAUAUUUCCGUAUUUUACCCCCUUUUUCUCCCAAUUACGAUCUUGUCUUGUCGCUGAUACUCCCCAAAGGGCUCGGGAGAGGCGAAGGUCGAGUCAUACAUCCUCCAAAACAUGACUCGCCAAAGUGCACUCCUUAACACCCACUUGCUUAACCUUGAAGCCAGCUGCACCAAUGUGUUGGAGGAAACACUGUUGAACUGACGACUGAAGUCAGCCUGCAGGCACCCAGCCCACCACAAAAAUCAUUAGAGCGUGAUGAGCCAAGUAAUGCCCCCUCGGCCAAACCCUCCCCUAACCUGGACGACGCUGGGCCAAUUGUGCGCCGCUCUAUGGGACUCCCGGUCACAGCUGGUUGUGACACAGCCUGUAAUGCAGUGCCUUAGACCGCUGCGCCACUCGGGAGGCCCCAAAUUGUAACAUGUUAAAUGCAUUCUAUUCCGCCUUUGCUUUCACAAACAUCUAAAACGCUUGUUUGGAGUGCAUUUUUUUUUCCCUAAAUACAUUUCAAAUGUAUUGGAAAGAGGUUAUCAAGUCCUUUCAAAUACAUGGAACAUGUUACAAUUGCAAACGUGUAAAUCUUGUGUGAAAUAUCCGGUAAGGUUUCCCAAUAUCCGGUAAGGUUUCCCACAGACAGUUAUUACCUCCUCUGAAAUGCUGUUGAAGCUUUUUAUUGAGGGAAGGUACCACAGCCACAGUAUAUCUACCAUCCUCUCGUUGAACAUAUGAAAAACCAUGUUGUACCUGCUGUAGCAAGUAUUUGCUUUGUUAUUUCAGGGUCAGAAGGAAAAUUACUGCUAAAAAUAUGUUUCAAUGUACCUGUUUGCAUUGCAAAGUUUCAUUUCCAUCCAUGCAUUAUGUGAUUGGUCUGUGUACCGCAGGUGAACUUGUUCUUUGCUCAAUGGUGUUCUGGCUACACAUGGUACAGAAAAGCUGUUUUAGUCCAAGUCAACCUUCAUGCUUGAGUUUCUCUGCAGUGUACUCUGCAUGUCCUCACCCACCAGCCGUAGCAGAGGCAAAUUGAUCGUGCUCAGCUUUAGACAUGCUCAAAACAUGCAUUUUAUGGUUAUAGAUAAACAGCUGUAUUUUGGAGAGCUCCUGCAAUGCGUAUCUCAUUGCUUCCUCAUCUUAAAAUUGUUUACAAAUAGCUGUAUACUGAUAUAUCUCUGUAUUAUUGACUGUGCCAUGGUACGGACUAAAUCCUCCUUUUAGUGUGUGGUAAUACACUAUACUUUCCAACAAUCCACAGUGUAGCAAAGAUCUGACACCAUUUAGAUUAUGCUGCUUUACGGUGUCCAUAUUAGGACAGCCUCUGUCUUAUCAGAACUGCUUAGAUUAAUCAUAACACAGUCAAAUUAAGUAAUGAACUGAUGAAACCCAAAAUGUGCAGAAACCCCACACAUUACAUGCUUAUUUAUUUCCACGCAAGCGCGCACACACACACACACAUACACACACACACACAAAGGAUCAGAGCUAAAUCCUAUGCAUGAUUACACAAUUAUACAAUUUCAAUGCCCUCGCUGUUUCACCUUUACUUUUUCUCCCCUUUGGAAAUGAAAAUAGGCCUCUUUCCAUGUCCUAACCUUAGCCCCUUAGACCUUUUCUCUCUCAGCAGAGAGGCGUUGAAUAUAUGAAUGGCAAUAGAGACACUGCUGUGAUGUGCUUAUGGUCUGUGUUCAAUAACGGUAUGUCACAGACUUUAGGGGAUUAUUUGACACCAAUGGGCACAUGCAUAAACUCGCACAUACCUUGUAAAAGACAUUGUUCAAUCGUAGGUGUCUCUUAAUCUUGGUAUGACAAAUGCCUGGAAGGGAAUUCGGUAACACUCUACCUAUAGCCUGUUGGUGUAAUGCUUUAUAAGUAUUAUGAGCCCUACAAUGCAUUAUAACUGCAGGCUUUGUGGAAAGUGUAACUGGGAAUUCAUCACUUGGCUGUCUCUCUCUUCGCUGAUCAGUGUAGAGUAGCAUGCACCAUACUUAGUAUCGUUUGCUGCUCUCCCUGGCCUCAAUUUUACCUUGUUAAUCUACAAUCUGAUCAUAUUGUUAUGAUUUUCUGUCCCGGUUCCACAAAGCCAAUAUCCAUUUUAAUACUCUGUUUAAUUAGUGUUAAUCUAAACUUCGUCCUUACACACGAUAUGAAUAGCAAACAUAUCAUUGUGUGGUGUGUCUCUUACUUGUAGUGUCAGCUUCACAAAUGUUGUACGUAUGAGGACCAUAAAGAAGAGGAACAACCAUUCACAACAACGUUGUGACUAAAAAUCUGUCUUUCUUUAAAAAACAUUUUUAUUUCUUUAUUUUGUUAAUUUUUUCCCCAAAUUACAAACCUUCCCCUGCCUUUGUAAGAGCAAUUGUUUAUUGCUAGAUAUGGUUGGAGCUAAGAGGGCAAAGCCAACAAUAACUACAAAUAGGAUUUUAAUGAUAAUAGGUUCUUAUCCUCCAAGAUAUAAAAACUCAAACACAAUUCUCUAAUGUAAUUGAAGAAAUGGCUCGUGGGAAUCGGAAAUGGGACCGAGAAUAAGACCCUGGUGUUAAAAUGUCUGUGACUGAUUCCAGAAACUCUAAAGUCAACAUGGCACCCUUAAUGAAAAUGUAAAAUUGAAAUGGACCUAGACAAGGUGAACAUGUCACUUGUUCCUGUGAGAGCAUUUAUUCAGGAUAAACUCCAUGUCUCUCUUCUUAAAUAGGUGUUAAAAUAAGAAAAAUGCAGGCGCCAUGGACAAACAACCUUGGUCUCGCCUCGUUUUCCAGUAAUUGUCUUGUAUGUUUCAAGGUACCACAUGUGGCACCAACUAAAUUACCUAGGGGACUUCAUUAAUUUACAAUACAUGAUUAAACUGCCUUGUUGUCUUUGUUUAUCAUUUGUUCUUAGUCAGGUGAUGCAUGCUUUUUAUUUAGUUAAGGAUCUAUUAUUUAUCUGUUUUUCUUUGCUCUGUUCCUUCUUGUUAUUCGCAUUGACAGUGUAAUGCAUGUAAUGUAGUCCAAAUGAGAACUUGAUUCAAGACAGUAUUAAAUGAUAGUGGCUUUACUGAUAGUUCAUUCAGAGUUAGCUUGGUUUUGCACGACAGUGCCAGUGUGUCUCGGAUGGAGGGAGAAUGGGAGAUGGAAAACUUGAUUGAAAAGUAAUCUUGCACACAAAACCAGACUGACAAUUUAUACAUCAAGUGACAACUACGUUCUUCAUCCAGGACAUGCUGCUGUGCAAACCAAAGGGACAAGACAGACCAACACAAAUGUCGGACAUGCGCAAUUGAUCACUUCCUGGCUGACGACAAACGGUGACGAUUCAAUAUGCAGAAUCGUAUGGAAAUUAAAGGAAAACGAUGGCUGAUGUUCUGUGGUCAGAGGCAAUAGGAUGGCCUCUCACUUUACACGACGCCCACCCACUUAAACACAAUUCUGAAAGUAUUAUCUGAAAUCUAAUUAACUGCAAUUGAUUGAAUACAGGAUAAAUGGGAAUCUAAAUGUGAUUUGAUGUUUAAUUUCUGCCAAAUAAUAGUAAGCCAACAGCAUAUUUUCGAAAGAUGCUGACAUAUCAUGUGCAUUAUAUGGUUCAUUCUGUGGUUCUGUUUACUGGAUAAAAGUUUCUGUGCUUAAUCUUGGGAAGUCAUUUUUACAUUAUAUCAAAUGUGUGUUAUAGAGAAACAAUUUUCAUACAAUCUUCCCAUAUUUCGGAGGAUUUUGAAUUAUUGAGAUAGGAGUAAGGGCGGAUUUCUGUUUGUAUUUGGGGUCUUUUGAAUCAUCCAUCAUCUUGCUCUCUGGUGAGUAGAGAAAAGCAUGAUGAAUGUUUGAGCCCAAGCUCUAGUGGAUUACACACCGUCAACCCAUUUUUGGAAUGGUAAGGUUAUGUUAUAGCAAGCCAAAUUAUACUGGGAAAAAACAAACACAGCAUGUAAAGUGUUGGUCCCAUGUUUCAUGAGCUGAAAUAAAAUAUCCCAGAUUUUUUCCAUAUGCACUAAAAAAUUAUUUUUCAAAAAUAUUACACAGAAAUUUGUUUACAUCCCUGAUGGUGAACAUUUCUCCUUUGCCAAGAUAAUCAAUCCACCUGACAGAUGUGGCAUAUCAAGAAGCUGAUUAAACAGCAUGAUCAUUACACAGUGCAACUUGUGCUGGGGACAAUAAAAGGCCACUCUAAAAUGUUACAUUUUGUCACACAACACAAUGCCACAGACAUCUCAAAUUUUGAGGGAACAUGCAAUUGGCAUGCUGACUGCCAGAGCUGUUGCCAGAGAAUUGAAUGUUAAUUUAUCUACCAUAAGCCACCUCCAAAGUUGUUUUAAUGAAUUUGGCAGUACGUCCAACCUGCCUCACAACUGCAGACCACGUGUAACCACGCCAGUACAGGACCUCCAUAUCUGGCUUCUUCACCUGUAGGAUGAUCUAAGACCAGCCACCUGGACAGCUGAUGAAACUGAGGAGUAUUUCUGUCUGUAAUAAAGAUCUUUUGUAGGGAAAAACUCAUUCUGAUUGGCUGGGCCUGGCUCCCCAGUGGGUGUGCCUGGCUCUCCAGUGGGAGGGCCUAUGUCCUCCCAGGCCCACCCAUGGCUGUGCACCUGCCAAGUCAUGUGAAAUCCAUAGAUUAGGGCCUAAUGCAUGUAUUUCAAUUGACUGAUUUCCUUAUAUGAACUGUAACUCUGUAAAAUCAUUGAAAUUCUUGCAUGUUGUGUUUAUAAUUUUGUUCAGUAUAUUUCCAUUGCAAUUUUCAACCAUCGACUAGGGGCAACACGAGUGCCUGCUAAUUUGGUCGGAUCGCAACAAGCUAGGGCGUUAGGGAGGAGGAUAAGCUAAAACUUUGCGCUAUGGCUCCAAGAAAUCACAGGUUCAAUCCCAGCGUUAGGCAUUUCUUUUGUGUUUAACCCUUUCCCAAACCAUAACCAUAACCAUUUUGAAUUAAUGCCUAAGCUUAACCCUAAUGCCUAAACUUAACCCAGACCUUAACACUUACUCAGUUAAUGCCUAAACAAAUGUUUCCCUUUUGCGUAGUUUGACUGACAGCUAACAGAUGUGGAUAAAUAAGAUACUUUUGUACAUGGUUCAAUUCUUACUUGGUUGAAUCCUUGAAGUCUUUUUCAGACAGAAAUAGUUUCUGUGUCUGUGUUGUAAACUGCAACCAUCAAGUCUGAACAACUGACUGUCAUUAACUUUUGAUAGCGUUAUACUGCAUUUUUUUUCCUGUGUCAAUCUGAUUUGUCCAUGCCAGGCCAGCUUUUGGUGUAAAUUAUUAUCUGUAAAUGUUAGUGUCGCCACUUUGCAAUGUUUUCAGGAUUCUGGUUAGUGUUCCCACUUUGUAAUGUUUUCAGGUUUCUGUGUUUAUUUGUGUUUCAUGUAAAAUUAUGUUUAAAAAACAAUAAAUGUUUGGACAACAGAUAGGCGCUCUGUCAUUAAA